UUUCUACCUUUUUUAGAUUGCCAACCGGAUGAAAAACAUAUCAGACUAGAUCACUGCCCCCACUUGUAUAACACCGAAUGGACGAGACAAAUGAGGACGGAAUAUGGCAUUAGUGUCUGGCAAUAUCCGGGGCCGCAAAUGAUAUGCUGUCCCAAGUCUGGUAAUGAGCUCCCAUCUACAGAUAUGUGCGAAUCGAGGACAUCUGAUUUUCGCAUUGCGAAGGGCAUAGCAGCGGAGGCCAAUGAGUUCCCCUGGAUGGCAAAGCUCCUGUAUCUGGAUAGGUCAACUUCGCAGAUUGUAUCUUCGUGUGCGGGAUCCCUGAUCAACAAUCGUUAUGUUCUGACCGCAGCCCACUGUGUGUCUGCCAUGCCGGUUAACUUGGACCUCCAAAGUGUGGGUUUAGGCGGGCAUAAUAUCGAAAACACUCCAGAGAAUAUUUCGCAAUGCACUGAUCUACGCAUUCGAUGUACUGACCCCUAUCUGGUCAUCGACGUGGAGGAGCUUUUUGUGCAUGAGCAGUACGGAAGGGGCUCGUUAGAAAUGUAUCAGAACGACAUCGCCCUGCUGCGACUCAAAAUGCCAGUACGCUUUAGUGCCGGAAUCAAGCCGAUUUGUCUCCUGCAAAACGAACUCUCCUCGACGAUAACCAAGUUUAAAAUAGCCGGCUGGGGAACAGAGGGAGAUGUACUGAAGCACGGCGACAUCAUAACAGUGAACUCAAAUAGGUGCGAUAGAAUGUUUAGAAACGUGAGGGUCAACAGUGAGCUCCAAAUAUGUGCCGGUAGUCCAAGAGGAGUCGAUACCUGUAGAGGGGACUCAGGCGGUCCUCUGAUGGUCACCGAUAUGGGACCUAACUACACAGAAUUUACAUAUCAAGCCGGCAUCGCUUCCUACGGAUAUGUACAUUGCGGAAGGACUAAUAUGCCAGCAGUUUACACCAGAACCAAAGCGUUUUUAAAUUGGAUUAAGGAUAGGAUGAGGGCCUAAGAUAUUAUUAAGAUUAAAUUUAAAUUGGAUUAGUUUUAUUUGUCAAAAGAACUCGUAAAAUAUACACAAAUACACGCAGGUAAAUACUGUUACGAUUACAAGAAACCCCACAACACGCAAAUGACGAUAAAUUACAAUAGUGACUGUAGUGACAGAGACAUCGAGAGAAAGAGUUAGGCCGCCG